UUUCUUCUACUCUCUACAGGCCAGGCUUCCUCUGAAGUGGAUGGCCCUGGAAUCCGUUUUUGACAAGCUCUACACGACUCAGAGUGAUGUGUGGUCCUAUGGAGUGCUGCUGUGGGAGAUCUUCUCUUUAGGAGCUUCUCCGUAUCCUGGCGUCCAGAUCGAUGAAGAUUUCUGCCGCAGACUCAAAGAAGGGACAAGAAUGCGAGCUCCGGAGUAUGCAACACCAGAAAUUUAUAAGACCAUGCUGUCGUGCUGGGAGAGUGACCCGAAGGAACGGCCGACCUUUUCUGAGCUUGUGGAGCGGCUGGGGGAUCUGCUUCAAGCCAAUGUGCAGCAGGAUGGAAAAGACUACAUUCCCCUAAAUACCCUCCUGACAUCGAGCAGCCCCGCUGCCUGCUCCAGCUCCUCAUCCUCACACUGCUCUGUGGAGGAAGAGGCUCAGGACUCGGGCUCCACGUUCAGCUAUGAGUGCUCAGGGGGCUUUGGAUACAUGAACACACGGAGGGCACAGGAGUUUAACACAUUCGAAGAGCUCUCGCUGAGGGACAGAGCGCUCCCUCAUCAGGAUUACCAGACGGACAGUGGGAUGGUCCUGGCCUCUGAAGAGUUCAAGUGCCUGAUGUGGAGCAGAGGCAAACCAAGACACUCCUCCUCCCAUUCCUUUGGAUUGAAAGCCGCAAGCAAACGCAAGGAGCCCGUUCAGUCAAACACGUACAUCAGCAGCUGUGCUCUCAGGGAGCAGGACUGUGGAGCAGCCUCCUGCAGCAGCUCCAUGCAGGAACCCUGCUGCUCCCCACCCCCCGAUUACAACGCAGCAGUCUCCUUCUUCCCACCACUAUAAGACCUUUUUUAUUUCCCUUUUUAUAAACAUGUAUUUCUAAGGUAUGUGUUUUACUAACGCCGGCUUCCGGGACCACUUACUGACUGGAGCAGCUCCUUUUCAUACUGCACUUUCUUUAAGGGUUAGAGAACAUCGCCUCGCUCUCCUGGUGUUGUUGCUUUGCUGUGCAGUCUUGCAUUCUUGUUGGCACAGUAUUCUCUAGUCAAAGCCAGCGCAGUUCUGGAUUUCUCUGCUGAUUUCUUUAUGUCAUUUCAGCUUAGCAGUGACUUAGGGGUCACAGCAUGUUACUGGGGAAUCAGCGAGUUGAUUAAUGACAGUAAAGGAGCUGUUGAAGGACAGAUUCUCUGAGCAGCUUUUUUUAUAACAUAAUAUCUCCAGCUGUGGGUUCUAAACUGGGUCUUUGUGAACACUGAGCAGGCAGUGCUGGCAGAGUUGAAAGGUCACAUUGUCAUAUGUUUUUUAAUGGAAUGAGGGAAGGGUGUUCAUUAACCCGUAAACUAGUAAAGGAAAUUAAAAAUGUUAUUUGAUUUGAAGCUACUUACUCAUUAUUACUGGCCUCCCUUUUUAAUGUGUUGAAAAUCUGUUAGUUCUUUGGCUUAAAAAAAAAAAAAAUCAAUUAGUCUUUGCAAAGAACCAAGUGUGUUCAAAACAAGGUAAGGGGAGGAUAAGGGGCAGUGGAUGUGAACCCCUUUGGUACACGAGGAAUUAAGCAGUGGUUCAAACGCUUUCUUAAAGUACAGGGUGAUUAGAAAGUAAGUUUACCACAUCAAUGCACCAUAUCAUUGAGUGGUAAGCUUACUUUCUAAUCACCCUGUCCAUUGUCAAUGAAACUGGUUUGUAGGUUUGCUGUUUAGUAGGCAUGGCUCAGCCUUGACUAAUUUAUAUAUAUAUAUAUAUAUAUAUAUAUAUAUUCAAAUUACAACUGCAGUACAGCUACUAAGUAUUCAAUUAUCUGCGCUUAAUAAUUUUUUAUAUUUUUAUACAAGAAAUAAAAGUGAUGUGCUGUUAGGGCAGAUUAUAACUCAAUAGCUAUUUUACCUUUAAGUUGAUAAUAUCAGUAUUAUUGUGUAUAGGAACAAGAUUAUUUAAUUUUUUUAAACUGUAUUUAAUAAUAAAACUUGUACAGAGACUUUGGAACUCACCCAUGUGUUACCUCUAUUCUCGCAUGUAUAUACGAGUAACGGCUGCAUACUUAGUUGCCCACGGAAGUAAUGUCACUGCAGCAAAAACGGCAUGUGCAAAAAUAAACUGAGGACAGAGGCACAUCCGUGCCACAGCUCUGAAUAUAUCAAUAGAGCUGAUCAGUAAAUACCAUGAAGUGGGCGCAUCAUACAUGGGAUCAGUCAACUACCUUUAGCAGAUGCUGGGUAUGUAACAUCAAUGCGCCACAUCGGUCACUUUUGUUUGUAAUGGUAACUGUUUUGUAGAAGAAAUAUUCAUGGAAGCAGUAACAAACUACAGGGCGUCCAGUCACGCUGUAAAGCCCAGAGUGUAUUUCAUUAUAAAUCACUUGAGAAAUCAUCCUCCGGUAAGGGGCUGUCAGAACUCCAGAACCUCUUUUCUGUGUAGAUGUUAUCACGUGCACAGAGCGACAUGUUUCACUCAUAGAAUUCCAGGACCUCUAUUUUUCUGUAUAGAGUUAUCACGCUCACAGAACAUGUUUCAUUCAUAGAAUUCCAGAACCUUUUUUCUGUGUAGAGAUGUUCACGCCCACAGAACAUGUUUCAUUCAUAGAAUUCCAGAACCUUUUUUCUGUGUAGAGAUGUUCACGCCCACAGAACAUGUUUCAUUCAUAGAAUUCCAUAACCUUUUUUCUGUGUAGAGAUGUUCACGCCCACAGAACAUGUUUCAUUCAUAGCAGUUCCCGAGCACACUCUUCAUUUUUGUGAUUGAUGAGGAGUUAUUACAUCAUGUGUACAGGGUGUCUUUAUAUGUUUUAUAGCAGAAAUCAUUUUGAAUGAUUUGAACAGCCAGACACCGCACAAGUGAUGUAUUAAUUAUAGUAUGACCGGACACCAUGGAGUGUGCUAUUGAUCUUAUAAUAUGGCAGAAGAAACACUAGGGGCUCAAUCCUAUUGCACGGUCAUAUAAGGAAUAUGCGAUGGGAUGUUGCUUGCCACUCCACGCCGUUUUAUAAAUAGACAUUACAUACACACACAAACUGUUUUAAUUGUUUUCUGGAAAACAAAAACGGAUCCAUUGCCAGAUAUAAUCUAAGAUGACGGUAUAACAAAAUUAUGUUUUGACAAAAGUCUAAAUGGGGAAUCUUUCACCUCACUAAAACAGGGAAUAAGGAAUUGUUAUUUUAAAGCUGGGACUCAAAAAAGGAAAAAGUGGAACUUGCAAGUAUGUUAUUGCUGUAUUGCACUCAAUAUUCAUUUGUACAUAAAAUAUUUACAUAUUGAGAACUGGAAACUUUUUAAAAUGUAUUAGUAUUUUUUAUCCUUGUAAACAGGAAUAUGCUAAAAAUAAAAUUGUAUAAUUCAUAAAUGUACUACCAAUUAAAUGUAUAUAAUAAAAUAUUUCCAUAUACCAAG